AUGGCUUCCCAAAGGUUACAGACCAUAAGCCUGAAGGUUCUGAUCCACAAGAAGAGAAACGAAAUAGUAAUGGCUGAAGCUGACGGUGACUUUGUAGACAUUCUUUUAAGCUUCUUCACUAUGCCGAUGGGAACUAUAGUGAGACUCAUCAACAAACUACCGCAGGUAGCCAUUAUUGGAUCCUUGACAACUCUAUACGAAGCGGUGGAGAAUCUUGAAGAACAGCUUUUCCAGAUUUGGGAAUGCAAGUCCAUGCUAUUUCAUCCAAGGAAUCCUUUUGAAAAUGAGUGCAGGAAACUAAAAUUGAGCAUAGAUGAUACAGAGCCCAUCAAGUACUAUAUCUGUUCUGAUUGGAAUUGCAGCCGACGGGAGAAUGGUGGUCUGUAUACUACUUUCAAGAAUGUUAGUUGCAAGUGCGGGAAAUGA